UAGAAACACGAACAACAAGCGGCAAUUGCUAGCGCACGGCUAAUUUAACUAUUUCACAGCAUCAAUAUCGAUUGUUUUUGACAAAAAAACUGGUAGUGUGGUUCGAUUAGUAAGCAGUCUGACUACUAUGCAGUUCACGCAAUACUGAUAUUCGACUCGGAACUGGCUAAGUUCAGCCACUCAGUAAGCUAGGGUAUGUCCUUCCAUCAGGGUAGAGGUGGUCCCAGAGGGCGAAACCCACCUGGUCAGCAUGGGUCACCCCAAAACUACCGACCCACCAACCUAAGGCCUCCCCCUCCCCAGCCUCCCAUGCCCCCGUACCACUAUGAGCCUCAGACCCCUCCCUGCUCUAGUUACCAAGGGAACAGUGGCUACAUGUCCAGCCAUGCUGACUACAUGACCUACCCCACCCAAGCUCCCACCCAGGCCCCUAGCCCUCUCAACCAGUGCCCCAUGCACCCUCCUUUCCCCAAUGCCCCUAACCGUCAGGGUUUCCCUGAACCACCCCCAAACUUCCCCCCUCCACCCCUCCCAAUUUCCUCAGCCGGGUCCACUUCAGGUUCCCAGGGAUCAGCCCAGAAUGCAUACCAUCCAUACAUGGUCCCCCCUCCGCCCCUGCCUCACCCACCAAUGCCCCCAUCCAUGCCCCCCCAGCCCAUGAGCUACCACCCUCCCUACUCCAUGAACUACCCCCACCCUCCCUUCCCACCUCCUAGCUUCAAUCCAGGGUACACCCAGGGCUCCAGCUCCUUCAAGCCCGCCCAUGGCUUCAGGCACGGGGGCCAGUACAAGGCAGACAAGCCCAUGGAAGAGCGAAGGUCCCCGGAGAGAUGUCCACGCCGUCACAAUGACUUCAGGCAGAAGAGCUACGGCUACGGUGACCGUCACAAGAUGGAGUUUCCUGCAGAGAGGAGGGAGAGCGUCCGGAGCCCUGGAAGGCGUGGCCGGGCGGAGGGCGGGCGUGGCCGAGCGGAGGGCGGGCAUGGCCGAGCGGAGGGCGAGCGUGGCCGAGCGGAGGGCGAGCGCGGCCGAGCGGAGGGCGAGCGCGGCCGAGCGGAGGGCGAGCGUGGCCGAGCGGAGGGCGAGCGUGGCCGAGCGGAGGGCGGGCGCUACCGCUCAGACCACGAACAUGGCCGGACCCCACCCCGUCACCGCAGUAGAGAGCGCAGCAGGGAGAGGCACCGCCACCGAGAUAGCCGGAGGUCCCAGUCCCCCGACAGACACAGAAAGAGACCCAGAAGCCGGUCUGGGAGCCGGGAGAGGAAGCGUGGCCGCUGGGAGGAGGAGCGGGAGAGGAGGCCGGACGACGACAAGGAGAGGAGGUGGGAGGGCCCGGGGACGAGCAGGGAACGCAGCUACACCUCCCUGAGGAGCCGGGAGCCAGAGGAGCCCACCGCCGGCCCCGCCGCCGCCACCGCGGAUAGGGAGAGGGACCGGGAGAGGGACCGGGAGAGGGACAAGGAGAGGGACAAGGAGAGGGAGAAAGGAGACGAGGUCAGGGAGGAGGAGGAGCUGCUGAAGCCUGCCUGGGUUCGCUGUACACAUGCUGAGAACUACUACUCCAAUGACCCCAUGGACCAAGUGGGCGACUCCACCGUGGUCGGCACCAGCAAGCUGAGGGACCUUUAUGAGAGGUUCGAGGAAGAGCUGGGCAGGAGGCAGGCACGCGCCCAGGCUGCCCGCCCCCAAUGGGAGCCUCCCCAAACCAAGCUGGAUGAGGAGCCUGGCGCCAGCUCCAGCGAGUCGGACGGCGAGUCGGACGGCGGCGGCAGCACGUGCUCCAGCAGCUCCGACUCGGACGUGUUCGACGUGAUCGCUGAGAUCAAGAGGAAGAAGGCCCACCCUGACCGCCUGCACGACGAGCUGUGGUACAACGACCCCGGACAGAUGAACGAUGGGCCGCUGUGCAAGUGUAGUGCCAAGGCCAGGCGCACAGGGAUCCGCCACAGCAUCUACCCAGGAGAAGAGUCUGUGAAGAACUGCCGUGGCAUGAACAACAACUCAGGGAGGCUGUUCCACUACAGGAUCACCGUGUCUCCCCCCACUAACUUCCUGACGGACAGGCCCACUGUGAUCGAGUAUGACGACCACGAGUACCUGUUCGAAGGCUUCUCCCUGUUCUCGCACACCCCGCUCACCAACAUUCCAUUAUGCCGGGUGAUCCGCUUCAACAUAGAUUACACCAUCCACUUCAUAGAGGAGAUGUCACCAGAGAACUACUGUGUUCGAGGCCUGGAGCUUUUUGCCAACUACCUGUUUCAGGACGUUCUGGAGCUCUAUGACUGGAACCUGACAGAUCCUACCUUUGACAAUGAGUCUCCCGGAUGUCAGAAGUUCCACUUCAUGCCGCGCUUCGUCCGUUUCCUCCCUGACGGCGGUAAGGAGGUGCUCUCCAUGCACCAGGUUCUGCUGUAUCUCCUGCGCAGCAGCAAGGCCCUGGUGCCCGAGGAAGAGAUCGCCAACAUGCUGCAGUGGGAGGAGUUGGAGUGGCAGAAGUAUGCAGAGGAGUGCAAGGGCAUGAUCGUCAGCAGCCCUGGCAUGAAGCCCAGCUCUGUACGCAUCGACCAGCUGGACAGAGAGCAGUUCAACCAUGACGUCAUCACCUUUCCUAUCAUAGUCCACUUUGGAAUCCGGCCUGCCCAGCUGAGCUACGCAGGAGACCCCCAGUACCAGAAGCUGUGGAAGAGUUACGUCAAACUGCGCCACCUGCUGGCCAACAGCCCCAAGGUCAAACACAUCGACAAGCAGAAGCUCACCCAGAGAGAGGAAGCCCUCCAGAAGAUCCGUCAGAAGAACACGAUGCGCCGCGAGGUGACGGUGGAGCUCAGCAGCCAGGGAUUCUGGAAGACAGGCAUCCGCUCCGACGUCUGUCAGCAUGCCAUGAUGUUGCCAGUUCUCACCCACCACAUCCGCUACCACCAGUGCCUGAUGCACCUGGACAAGCUCAUCGGCUACGUCUUCAAGGAGCGCUGCCUCCUCCAGCUGGCCAUGACCCAUCCCAGCCACCACCUCAACUUUGGCAUGAACCCAGACCACGCCCGCAACUCCCUGUCCAACUGUGGCAUCCGCCAGCCCAAGUACGGCGACAGGAAGGUCCACCACAUGUACAUGAGAAAGAAGGGAAUCAACACUCUGAUCAACAUCAUGUCCCGGCUGGGCCAGGAAGACCCCUCCCCCUCUAGGAUCAAUCACAACGAGAGGCUGGAGUUCCUAGGCGACGCCGUCGUUGAGUUCCUCACCAGUGUCCACCUAUACUACCUGUUUCCCAGUCUUGAGGAGGGCGGCCUGGCCACCUACCGAACAGCCAUCGUCCAGAACCAGCACCUCGCCAUGCUAGCUAAGAAGCUGGAGCUGGAUCGCUUCAUGCUGUACGCCCACGGGCCGGACCUGUGCAGGGAGUCGGACCUGCGCCACGCCAUGGCCAACUGCUUCGAGGCCCUCAUAGGUGCAGUGUACCUGGAGGGGGGGCUCGAGGAGGCCAAGCUCCUCUUUGGAAGGCUGCUGUUCAACGGCGAGGACCUACGAGAGGUUUGGCUCAAUUACCCUCGUCACCCACUGCAGGUCCAGGAGACCCAGACCGACAGACAGCUGAUCGAGACGUCUCCGGUGCUUCAGAAGCUGACAGACUUUGAGGAGGCCAUCGGAGUGCUUUUCACACACGUGCGCCUGCUGGCCAGAGCCUUCACCCUGAGGACCGUAGGCUUCAACCACUUGACCUUGGGCCACAACCAGAGGAUGGAGUUCCUGGGAGACUCCAUCAUGCAGCUGGUGGCCACAGAGUACCUGUUCAUCCACUUCCCGGACCACCACGAGGGGCACCUGACGCUUCUGCGGAGCUCGCUGGUGAACAACCGCACCCAGGCCAAGGUGGCAGAGGAACUGGGCAUGCAGGACUUCGCCAUCACCAACGACAAGACCAAGCGUCCCCUGGCCCUACGCACCAAGACCCUCGCUGACCUGCUGGAGUCUUUCAUCGCGGCCCUGUAUAUUGAUAAGGACUUGGAGUACGUGCAUACCUUCAUGAAUGUCUGCUUCUUCCCUCGUCUGAAGGAGUUUAUUCUGAACCAGGACUGGAACGACCCUAAGUCCCAGCUUCAGCAGUGCUGCCUGACGCUGCGUACCGAGGGCAAGGAGCCAGACAUCCCCCUGUACAAGACCCUUCAAACCGUGGGACCGUCACACGCCAGGACCUACACGGUAGCCGUCUACUUCAAAGGGGAGAGGAUUGGCUGCGGCAAGGGUCCAAGCAUCCAACAGGCGGAAAUGGGGGCUGCGAUGGAUGCGCUUGAGAAAUAUAACUUCCCGCAGAUGGCUCAUCAGAAGCGCUUCAUCGAGCGUAAAUACCGCCAGGAGCUGAAGGAGAUGCGGCGCGAGCGCGAGCGGCAGGAGAAGGAAAGCGACUCUGAUGUGGCCACUGCUGACUACAGGAAGUGACACGGCUCCCCUUCAGCCUCGGAAAUCUCAUUGGUCGCUCGCACCUUCUUGGUCAAUCUUCAGAUCCAUGGUGUGGUCCAACCCGGGAUUCAAACGCAAGACAGUUGGGUAGGAAGAUACGGAGGCCUGCUCUAGGACACACAUAGGCCGUAGUGGUUUUAUCCCGCUCAUUUACAUUUAGGGAAUUUGCUUUUACGUGUAGGUGUUACUCAGUAAGAACUUGGAUGAAUCCAGCAGAAUAACUCUUUUUAACCAUCUCUAGAAUGCCGCCACACACCGUGGUUAGCGUCAGGGACAACAGAGCUAGUGAGUGUUUUUAAAGUUUUUGUAAUUGUACCUCAAGUAUACUGAUGAUAAUUCUAAAAAGAAUAAUAAAGGCAUCUGAAACUUUGACAACCCAUCUACAGUCAUGUAGUUUGUUCUGGUGCCUGUUAUUUGCACCGAUGCAGCCUACCUACGUUUUAGAGGCUACAUAUAGCAGAAUGGCAGCUGGGAUGAGGAAAGGCCCUCACAUAAUUCAAUUACAUGAUAUCUGUAAAAUGCCACCAUCUGCCUCACAUCUGCCACUUCCCGGAACAAUAAAAAACAACGCAAAACCAAAAAAAAUCACACUUUUGCCCCCCCUUCAAUGCGAUUUGCAGAAUAGAUCUUAAUUAUAGAUUGGUGCUAAUUAAAAUACAGUUGCAACCAAAUCCAGCUUGUUAACCAACCACUGUUCUGCCCUGAAUAUAAAUUGUGCGUCACACUCAUAGACCUGGGCCAAAUGUUAU